GAGCAUUCUUCCAUUCUCAAAUUAAUUCCAAUGUCUUCCUCUAGAUACUUCUUUCACUUUUGUUUUCUUCUCAUCAUAUCAACUUGUCUAGCAAAAACCACUUACCGGCCUAAAACUUUAUUCCUUGCAGUGAAAAAAGACCCCUCUACUCUACAAUACAUUACUCAAAUACACCAAAGAACACCUCUUGUCCCCGUUAACCUCGCUGUCCAUCUUGGUGGUGAAAGCCUAUGGGUAGAUUGUGAAAAAGGGUACAAUAGUUCCACUUACAAACCCGCUCGUUGCAAUUCAAUGCAAUGUAAUCUUACCAGACCUGUAUCCUGCGGAGAUUGUCACGAAAAAAAACGGCCAGGUUGCAACAAAAACGUGUGCUAUAACGCUGUUGAAAACACGGUUACUCAAACUAUCAUAACGGGCGGUGAAAUCGCCCAAGAUGUUUUGUCACUCCAAUCCGUUAACGGAUCCGUUCCAGGCCCCGUUGUCACGAUGCCAAAUUUUAUCUUUAGCUGCUAUGACACAUUUUUAACCGAAGGUCUUGGUAAAGAUAUUAAGGGGACGGUUGGUUUCGGACAACUACGUCCAGCAUCAUUUGCUGCUCAAUUGGCAUCAGCUUUUAGAUUCAGUAGACAAUUUGCUGUUUGCUUGAGCUCAUCAACUGAACGAAACGGUGUAAUUUUCAUCGGACAUAGACCUUAUUACCUUAGCCUUGCCUUUGACGCCUCACAAGAUCUUAUUUAUACACCUAUUAUUUCCCACCCUCAUUAUAUGUACUACAAUCGGGGCUCAUCAGAAUAUUAUAUUCAAGUUUCUUCUAUUAAGAUCAGCGGAAAAAAUGUGCCGUUAAAUAAAACGCUACUCUCAUUGGAUGAAGAUGGUGAAGGUGGGACGAGAAUCAGCACGGCUUUUCCUUACACUGUAUUAGAGGCUUCUAUUUACAAUGUUGUGAGCAAAGCUUUCGUUAACGCGAUGCCUAAAGAUGUGAAAAUUGUGUCCCCGGUGCAACCUUUUAAAACUUGCUUUGAUUCUUCUGCUAUUGGUAUGUCACGCCUUGGCUACAAUGCUCCUCAAAUUGAUCUUGUUUUGCACAAGCCAAAUGUGUAUUGGACAAUUAUCGGAGCAAACUCAUUGGUAAAAGUUAACGAGGAUGUCGUGUGCCUCGCCUUUGUUCAACGAAACCAAACAUUUGGACAAGGCAUUGUCAUCGGUGGGUAUCAAAUGCAGGACAAUCUUAUAGAAUUUGAUCUUCCGAGAAAAAGAGUAGGUUUCAGUAACUCACUCUUUUUCCGUCAAACUAUGUGUUCAAAUCACAACUAUGCUUAGAAUGUCGGCAUUUGCUCCUGUUGACCAUAAUGGUGGAACUUUCUUGCUGGGCUAUGAAAAUGGGUUAUUUAAUUUUAUCUUUGUACUAAUCUUCUAUAUUUAGUAAACUUCAUGCUUUAGUGAUCUUUCAAAUUAAGAAUUAGGUUUGAAAUCUUCAAAAGAUAUAAAGAUCUUUCAAUAAAUGAGUUACAUA